AUGGCAGCCACCGCAGCCUCCUCGGCCGCCGCCGCCGCCGCCGCGUCGAACUCCGAUGAGGAAGAAGACUAUGAGGAGUACAUCCCAGUCGCCAAGCGCCGGGCCAUGGAGGCCGAGCGCCUCCGCCAGCUUCGCCUCUCCAAGUCGGCGCCGACCUCCGCCGCCUCCACCCUCCCGCUGCCGCCUCCUCCGCCUCUUUUGCCGGCUCAGGCCUCCGUUCCCGACGCCGCCGCGAAGCCCAGCCUUCUCGUCACGGCCACGCAGCUUAAGCGCGCGGCCCCGGAGGUGACCGCCACGGAGCAGCGCAUCCAGCAGGAGAAGGAAGUGAUUGAGAAUCUCUCAGACAACAAAUCCCUCAGGUCAGUCCGCGAGAUCGCCAAGGGCAUCAUCUACACGGAACCGAUCCAGACCGGGUGGAAGCCGCCCCUCCGCCUCCGCCGGAUGCCGCUCGCCAAGGCCAACGAGCUCCGCCGCAAGUGGCACAUCAUCGUCGACGGUGACGAUGUCCCGCCUCCUGCGCGUGAUUUCCGGGACCUCCGUCUCCCGGAGCCCAUACUCCGGAAUCUGCGCGAGAGGGGUAUCGUCCAGCCCACGCCCAUCCAGGUGCAGGGGCUGCCCGUUGUGCUCUCUGGGCGUGACAUGAUAGGCAUCGCGUUCACGGGGUCGGGGAAGACUCUGGUGUUCGUGCUGCCACUUAUCAUGGUGGCGGUGCAGGAGGAAACGUUGAUGCCGAUUGUGCCUGGGGAGGGCCCGUUUGGGAUGAUCAUAUGCCCAUCACGGGAGUUGGCUAAGCAGACCUAUGAUGUGAUUGAGCAGUUUCUCAUUCCACUCAAGGAGGCCGGAUACCCGGAGAUAAGGCCUUUGCUUUGCAUUGGGGGUGUGGAUAUGAGGACACAGCUUGAUGUGUUGAAGAAGGGCGUGCACAUUGUGGUGGCAACGCCCGGUCGGCUCAAGGAUUUGCUUUCCAAGAAGAAGAUGAACCUUGACAACUGCAGGUACUUAACCUUAGAUGAAGCGGAUAGGCUGGUUGACCUAGGAUUUGAGGAUGACAUCAAGGAGGUUUUCGAUCAUUUCAAGGAUCAAAGGCAGACCCUUCUUUUUUCUGCUACUAUGCCUCAGAAGAUUCAAAAUUUUGCGAAGAAUGCCCUUGUGAAACCAGUUACUGUCAAUGUGGGAAGAGCUGGAGCAGCAAAUCUAGAUGUCAUUCAAGAAGUCGAGUAUGUCAAGGAAGAUGCUAGAAUUAUAUACCUCCUUGAAUGCCUCCAGAAGACUCCACCUCCUGUUCUCAUUUUCUGUGAAAACAAAGCUGACGUCGACUACAUCCAUGAGUACCUUCUUCUAAAGGGAGUGGAGGCUGUUGCUAUCCAUGGAGGAAAAGAUCAAGAGGAGAGACAGAACGCAAUUGACUUCUUCAAAACUGGAAGGAAGGAUGUUCUGGUGGCUACUGAUGUUGCAUCAAAGGGUCUUGAUUUCCCUGACAUCCAGCACGUCAUUAACUAUGACAUGCCUGCCGAAAUUGAGAACUAUGUCCAUCGAAUCGGUCGAACUGGUCGAUGUGGGAAGACUGGCAUAGCAACUACCUUCAUCAACAAGAAUCAAACUGAGACCACGCUUCUCGAUCUCAAGCACCUGCUGAAGGAGGCUAAGCAGAGGAUUCCACCGGUGUUGGCGGAGCUCAACGAUCCAUUGGAGGAUGAGGAAAUAAUUGCCAAGGAGAGUGGUGUUAAAGGUUGUGCAUAUUGUGGUGGGCUUGGCCAUCGUGUCAGUGACUGUCCGAAGCUGGAGCACCAAAAGUCCAUGGCAAUUGCUGGCUCGAGAAAAGACUACUUUGGCGGCGGGGGUUACCGAGGAGAAAUAUGA